AUGAAAAAUGAUGAACUUGUAGCAGCACGCAAAGAAAUUGAAGAAAAGCUUGAUCCGAAGUUGUUGGAAUUCUUGAAGAACCGGCAUAAGUCAAAAAACGCUAAACCUUCAUCUGAGGCUCUAGCAAAGCCUCAAGUUUCCCAAUAUAAACAAGCGAAGCUGCUACGCGAACAGGGAUUGGCGGAGGAAAAAAAUGAACCGCAAACUUCUAUAUCUACCGAAGCUAUCAGACAAUUAGAAGUGUUGGAGGAGUUUGCAGAUUGGAAAGCAGAAGAAAAGUACGACAGAUUAGCUGCCGAUGCAGUUCAACUCGACUUAUUGACGAAAUGCGCUCGAAGAGUGAUUCCAAGACAAGAACACCAAGCCACUCGUCUAUUUGAUCUAUUGAAAGCCUCUACCAGAACCGAAGCACCAAAUUCGACACUCGAGUUAGCGAGAAGUAAAAUUGACGAGAUUAAGAAACUCUACCUUGAAGAAAUUAACGUUGGUGGAAAGCAGGUCCAGCGGUUUGCAAAUGGACUAAAUCCGGUAGUGGAUGGCUCAUGGAUGUUGCGACCGAUCCGAAGCGUUUUGGAUGCAAUGCAGAAAUCGGAAAGGUCUUCUACCACAGAUGAUCUCGACAUCGUUCGUUUAACGCUAAUGUGGACGGCGUUACUUUUUGCAGAAAGACCGACACUAUUCUAUACAAUGGUUGACCCCAGCGAUUUUUAUGUACGACUGGCAGAACUUUAUAUUUUGGGCCCAGAAUUGUUUACCGAUACGAUUAUUGAAGAGUGCACAUCGAUGCUCUUGGAGCAAUUUUUGUUGCCUCAAUCGCGAAAAGGGCAACUAAUUCUUCGACUUGAACGACCCGUGGCGGGCCUUGACGCUUUCAUGCCAUUUUACGAAGAGCUGUUAACAAAGUACGAGGAGUUUUCCGUUGGGCAUAUUGGAUUCUCAAAGAUCAUCUUACUUGGUGCUUAUGGAAACAGCGCUCUUAGUGAUGCCCUUGAAUGUCAAUUAACGCUAUGGAGUAGUCGGAGAAAUGUUGUACGAGAGAUGACAACGUCUUCCAAUGUAUUGAAGCCGCUUCUUGACUUCAUCAAAGAAAUAUCAGAGAAUGCGGCUAAAGCUAAAGAGGAGACUUGCUACGUACAGUACAGCAUGCUCUUGUCGGAAUAUGCAGGUGCUCUUCGUUCUCGUCGAGUGGAAAAGGAAAGAAAUUCGGGAGCGUUUAUGAUUGCCGCGAACGAGCUUGGAGCUUUUGUUUUGAGACACACCAGUGCUAAAGAGAAUGUCGAAUUAUCAACACCGAGUUUGAAAGAUUUCGAUUCGCUGGUUUGCGUCUUACGAGAAGCUGUCAAAGACGUUCUGACCAUU